AUGCAAAUCUUCGUUAAGACAUUGACUGGUAAGACCAUCACCUUAGAGGUUGAGGGUUCUGACACCAUUGAAAACGUAAAGACCAAGAUUCAAGACAAGGAAGGUAUCCCACCCGAUCAGCAACGUUUGAUCUUUGCCGGUAAACAAUUGGAAGACGGUCGUACUCUUUCUGAUUACAAUAUCCCAGAAGGAGUCAACACUCCAUUUGGUUCUCCGUCUCCGUGGUGGUAUGUCGAUGGAUCUGAGACCAUUGAAAGUGUAAAGAUCAAGAUUCAAGACAAGGAAGGUAUCCCACCCGAUCAACAACGUCUUCUUUUCGCUGGAACGCAAUUGGAAGAUGGUACCCUCUCCGAUUACAACAUCCAAAAGGAAUCAACACUCCAUUUAAUACUCAGACUCCGUGGUUCCCAAUAA